UUUGCCUUACAAAACCACAGUAUCACUGACCCAGAGACUUGCUCUAUACUUCUCGAGAUUUACUGCUCGAUAUCUGCCGAAAGACACAGUGGAUACAAGUGACGUAGGGGUGUGGUGAGAAACGAAUAUAUAUACACGACAGAGGCCCUUAUUUCUCCAUUGCUCAAACCUUACAACACUCUCUUACGAACAGAAGUGAUAAUUCUUUGGCAUCAACCCAGCUGUCCAUUUCGUUUGAUCAAAAUUGAAUUUGAACCGCGUUACCCUCACCCAUACCAAAGCGCCUUUUCUCCCCAGAAGCACCUUUUCAAUCUGAACAGCGCCUUUCAACAUGGCAUUGGACAACGCUUAUAUCCGUCGAUCAUACGCUACAUCCAGCUUGGAUGAGAUGCGAAGCACCUACGACGAGUGGGCAGAGCAGUAUGAUACUCAUAUGGUCGAGGAGCAAUAUGUUGCACCUCGUCUUUGUGCCGCCGCCACAGCCCAGCAUGGCCAGAUCUCCGGAAACAUUCUUGAUGCUGGCUGUGGCAGCGGCAUCGUUGGUUUUGAACUCAAGAAGCUCGGCGCAAAAGUUGUUGAUGGCAUUGAUCUAAGCGAAGGCAUGCUAAAGGUUGCAGCAAGGAAUGGCGCAUACAGAAACCUUGAUCUCGCCGACCUUUCUGAGGAUAUCAACAAGCCAGACAAUUCGUACGAAGCAGUCGUCUGUGUAGGCACCCUGACCAAUGGCCAUGUUGGGCCAGUGCCUUCGCUCAGGGAAUUUGCUCGGAUCACGAAGCCGAAUGGAAUCAUCGUUGCUACGAUUCUCCCUCAGCUCUGGGAGGCCAAAGGCUUCGAGGCUGAGGUUGACCGUCUGAUCAAACAAGGGCAGGUCGAGUUGGUGUCCAAAGAUGUGAAUCCCUACCGCAGAGGACAGGAUGCCCGCAUUGUGAUCCUGAAGGCGUUGUGAGAUGGCGCAGAGGUCAGCUCUGUUCUUUUUCUUUCAAAGAACACAAGCUCGGUGACCAGCAGGUGAAACAUUCUCCAGAGGUCGUGAGGGAGAACUUCUCUUACUCGGCAACUGUUUGCUAAAUACUCUCUCCUUUUCAUUUCCUUUUCUUCCAUGACACUCUACAUCUCUUCUAAAACAGCCGUCAUGUUGAGUCGCGCAUGCCUCCGCAAAGAGACUCUCGUACAAAGAGGCGCGAGAGAGUGUGUGUCCGCAAUUCCCUAGAUCUACCAGCUUAGAGAGUUGUACUUGAAGUGCUUCACGCCAGUUAGAGCGACCAGGCAGAGUGAUGAGCCCCGAGAUGACUUGAAGUGGUUAGAUAGCACAAGCAGUAUCCACAAAUGCGCCCCAUCCAUAGUUACAAU